AUGCGGUCCAAUAUACUCGCACGCCUCAUAGGCGUCUCCUUGGUUCCCCUAGUCUCCAGCCACGGCCACGUCUCCGGCAUCGUCGCCGACGGCAUCUGGUAUUCAGGCUACGAUCCGGCAUUUGCAUACGCCAACCCUAUUCCCAAAGUCGCCGGCUGGACGGCCUCGAAUAUUGAUAAUGGCUUCAUAGCGCCGGACGCGUUUGGAACGUCCGAUAUCAUCUGCCACAAAAACUCCUCUGCAGGACAGGCCUAUGUCACUGUCAAGGCCGGCGGAAAGCUGGUCUUCCAAUGGAGCACAUGGCCCGUCUCACACGUCGGCCCGGUCAUCGACUACAUCGCGCCCUGCACCACAAGCUUCAAUACCACCGAUCCCACCAAGCUCAAAUUCGUCAAACUCGACGCUGGAGGCUGGAUCUCCGGCUCCAACCCGGGCAAAUGGGCGACUGACACGCUGAUCGCAUCCAAUACGUCCUGGGCCAUUACUGUGCCGGCAAAGCUGGCGCCGGGGGAUUAUGUGUUUCGCCAUGAGAUUAUCGCGUUGCAUUCGGCCGGCCAGACGAAUGGUGCGCAGGCGUAUCCGCAGUGUGUAAAUGUGCGCGUGACGGGGGCGGGGACUGCGGUGCCGAGUGGAGGCGUGAGUGCGGUGCAGUUUUAUAAGGCGAGUGAUCCGGGGAUCAAGUUUGAUGUAUAUACGUCUUUUACCGGGUAUGUGGUGCCUGGGCCGGCGGUUUGGACGGCGGUUAAGAGGGCGGUGGAGAUGGUGUGGUGA